GGUACCCCGAGGUUAUCAGUAUUAGACGCAAGAUUUGUUCAGUGUACAUGUUACAAUAUAUACACAUAAAAUAGAGGAAAAAAUCCCUUAUUGGGCACCCGAUAAAAAUAUCCCAAAUCAAUAGGAGUUAAAAAUGAUAUAGAUUUCUAAAUUUCACCAAAACACGACAUGUGAACCUACUUUUUGAUAUUUUUCGGCGCUUAUUAUGGUUCAGUCGGAUUUAAAACGGAUUGUGUAUGCAUACAAAAGUGACUUUUAUAAAUAUAUACACCUUGUUGUGUAUAUAUAAGGAAACUGACGUAAGUGGUACGGGAGACAGUUUUUAAACAAACCGCAAUGGAGGAUCCCGAUGUAUCCCUCGACCAGAAAAAGAGUAUAAGAGAAAAACUUGCAGCUAUUAUGCAUCAUAAAUUUGUCCACGCUGUAUCAAUGUGCCUUCUUCUGUUGGACGCCAUCUUGGUUUUAUUUCUGCUCUUGGUGGACCUUGAUGUUAUUCCAGUGUCGGGUGAUGAUGAAAACCAUUCCAAGAAAGAAGAAGUUGAAAACGGUCUUCACUACACAGGUUUAUCAAUUCUCUCCAUAUUUGUGCUAGAGAUAACACUAAAAAUAAUUGCUGACGGAGUCGCCUUUUUCAAGAAGAAAUUGGAGGUUUUUGACGGAGCAGUUGUCGUCAUAUCAUUUGCAUUAGAUGUUUCAUUGUCUCUAUCACAUGUCAGCAGCUUCGUGAGAGACGCCGUUAUUCUUAUGAUCCUUCUCCGACUCUGGCGGUUCUUCAAACUCCUAGUUUCUGUGAACACGUGUGUGAGGAAAGACAUCCAAGGAAAGGUCGACGCCGAGAGAGAUCUUCGUAUUCGGGCUGAGAAGGAGAGAGACGAAGCGCUAGACAAACUCAAAAUGGCUGAAAACCAGUGUCAACGAACUAACGUUCCCAUUACUGACGAUGAAAAGGAACCAAAUUGAGAUUUAGAUAUAUUUUAUAGUGAUCAUGAACUACAAUGUAUAUAUCGUAUAUCGUACAGGACAUACACAAGUUUGGAUUUUAACUUCAUUUUGUGACGUCAUUACAUAUCCUGUUGUGUUGUCUCAUUGCUUCCACAUCAUGAUGUGACAAAAUGUGAUUGAAUAGAUUUUGGUUGUGAUAGUUAUGGUAUGGCGCCGACCAAGAUUUAGCGCUUGUGGACAAUAGCGCUUCAUAUCUGAACAUAUGCAUACAGCUCAGGCCAGGUGAAAGUCGAGCAAUAUUUCAACCUGUCAUAUUUGUGUAUUUAUUCGUCAUAUCAUAUAUUUUUCAUGGAUAUACAUCUACAUAUAUGUUUAAAUAAUUUGCAUGAAAUGAUUCUGUAUUUAUCAGAAAUUGCGUGUCAACCUGGACAAUUAUUUUUCAAUACUUUGAAAUUAUAUUUGUAAUAAUAAUUUAUGUAACGAAAAAUUGUUUAAUUUAUGUUUAUGAUAUUACUUAUUAUAGAUGUCAUACAAUCAGCAUAGGAGUGUUGAUUUUUAUGCCAAAGAUGAAAACCGAAACGAAAAUACAAAAUAAAUUAGAAAAAUGCAUUUCUAUAGUGUUGUCUCUAUCAGACAUUUAUUUUAAGUGUGCUGGUCUGAUGUUGUUUGGAUUUUACUUCGUGUUAUUUUGUUUAACAUUUUACCAACA